CAUUCACACACACACACACGUUUUUGUGUGUGUUUUAUCCUCCCAAUUUGACCCCAUUACAAAACCUCCCAAAACUCGGAAAUCGAAGCCAUUGAUAUUAAAAAAGGUGGGGAAGAAAACAAACUAUUCAAGAGGGGUUUGCCAUUCACAUCUAGAAAAAGCAUUUCUUGACUUAUUUAUUGGUUUCAUCUCCUUCAUCUUCUUCAUUGACCGGACAAAAGAGCACUCUUUGAGUUGAAAGGAAACCUCUCAUUGGCCCAUAAUGUUUUUCUUGAAGAAAAUUCUUAUUUUCUUGUCUGUUUUCACGCUUGCCCUUUGCGAAGAAGCUUUGGAGUCUGACCCCUUCCCCAAGCCUUUGAUCGUUGAAAUUAAUGAAGCCCAGUUGAAAGAAUGGCCUGUCGAAGAAGAAGAAGUCCAGUUACAGUGUACGAGUUGGAGGGUUGCUGUGGAGGCCAAUAAUUUAAGCCCAUGGGAGAAAAUUCCAGAAGAGUGUGCUGAUUAUGUGAAGGAGUAUAUGAUUGGAAAGGGAUAUGAACUUGAUCUUCAAAGGGUUUCAAAUGAGGCAAAAGCAUUUGCAAGAAGUGUAUAUUUGAGUGGGGAUGGAAAAAGUGCUUGGAUAUUUGAUGUGGAUGAGACUCUGCUCUCCAAUCUUCCCUAUUAUGCGGACCAUGGUUUUGGCUUGGAAGUUUUUGAUAGCACAAAAUUUGGUCAAUGGGUCGAGAUGGGAAUAGCACCUGCUAUAGAGUCCAGUUUGGAACUUUAUGAAGAGGUCUUGAGCUUGGGAUUCAAGGUUAUCUUGUUGACUGGUCGAAGUGAAAGGCACCGAAGUAUUACCGUCGAGAAUUUGUUCCAAGCUGGAUUUCGGGAAUGGGACAAGCUCUUACUCAGGUCCUCGGAGGAUCAUGAAAAGACAGCAACGAUAUACAAGUCAGAGAAAAGGAACGAGCUCGUAGAACAGGGAUAUCAAAUUCUGGGCAAUUCUGGAGAUCAGUGGAGUGAUUUACUAGGCUCUUCUAUGUCUAUACGUUCAUUUAAGCUUCCGAAUCCCAUGUAUUACAUAUCCUAACCAGGUUUCUCCACAUUGAAGCAUCACCUUCAGGUGUUGUUGUAUUGAUCAUGUAAUUCAUUUGUUGUAUGAUUGAUCACUUUUAUCGAACUGUAUGUUGCUAACACA